AUAAAUAAUGACAGCAAUUAUAGAUGGCAAAACCAGAGCAAAAAUAGCAAAUUUAUAAUACAAAAAAAGGGAGAGGAAGGGCGCAAAUGCAAGAAAUCCAGUGGCUACAAAUUAAAGAAGAAGAGAAUUAAAUGGGGAGCGGCACUCUCGUUGACGGUGUCCGUCGCUGGUUUCAACGCCGCAACAACAACAACAACAACACUUCCUCUGCUUCUGCUUCUGCUUCUGCUUCUGCUUCAACAUCUACUAGUAGUAAUCAUUAUAUAAAUAAUUGUAUUAAAAGUAAUAAAAAUAAAAAUAAUAAUAAUUAUAGGAGUAGUGGACAGCCUGACUUAUCGGGUGGUGUUGUUGAAGAGGAGAAUAAGCUAACGGUUAUUGAAGAGUUCGAUUUAACAGGAUUAAAGUGUAUUAGAGUUCCUAAACGCAUUACCCAUUUCUCUAUGGAUCCUCACAAGAAGGGCUCAGCUGAAGCAGAAUUUUUCACUGAAUAUGGAGAGGCAAGUCGAUAUCAAGUGCAGGAAGUCGUUGGUAAAGGCAGCUAUGGUGUUGUUGGCUCCGCAAUUGACACUCACACUGGAGAAAAAGUUGCAAUCAAGAAGAUUAAUGAUGUUUUUGAGCAUGUUUCUGAUGCCACACGUAUUUUGAGAGAAAUUAAGCUUCUUCGAUUGCUUCGUCAUCCUGAUAUUGUAGAGAUUAAGCAUAUUAUGCUUCCUCCUUCACGUAGAGAAUUCAGAGAUAUAUAUGUUGUUUUUGAGUUGAUGGAAUCUGAUCUUCACCAAGUAAUUAAGGCAAAUGAUGAUCUUACUCCUGAACAUUAUCAGUUCUUCUUGUACCAGCUUCUUCGUGGUCUAAAAUAUAUACAUACAGCCAAUGUAUUUCAUCGAGAUUUAAAGCCAAAAAAUAUUCUUGCUAAUGCUGACUGCAAAUUGAAGAUUUGUGAUUUCGGUCUUGCUCGAGUAUCCUUCAAUGAUGCUCCAUCAGCUAUUUUCUGGACUGACUAUGUAGCAACUAGGUGGUACCGUGCUCCUGAACUAUGUGGCUCUUUUUUUUCCAAAUACACUCCUGCGAUUGAUAUUUGGAGCAUAGGCUGCAUAUUUGCUGAAAUGCUUACAGGAAAACCAUUGUUUCCUGGGAAGAAUGUGGUGCAUCAAUUAGAUCUCAUGACUGAUUUGCUUGGCACUCCUCCUCCUGAAUCCAUUUCGAGGAUUCGGAAUGAAAAGGCAAGGAGGUAUCUAGGUAGCAUGCGUAAAAAGCAACCAGUUCCACUCUCACAGAAGUUUCCUAAUGCAGAUCCAUUGGCUCUUAGCUUGCUUGAGCGCUUGCUUGCAUUUGAUCCUAAAGAUCGUCCAACAGCUGAAGAGGCAUUAGCUGAUACUUAUUUUCAUGGUCUGGCAAAUGUUGAACGGGAGCCAUCCACUAACCCUAUUUCUAAACUGGAGUUUGAGUUUGAGCGAAGGAAGUUAGCAAAAGACGAUGUAAGAGAAUUGAUCUACAGAGAGAUAUUGGAGUACCAUCCUCAGAUGCUACAGGAGUACCUUCGUGGUGGGGAACAGACAAGUUUUAUGUACCCAAGUGGUGUUGACCGGUUUAAGCGACAAUUUGCUCAUCUUGAAGAGCAUUAUGGCAAAGGUGAAAGAAGCACUCCUCUCCAAAGGCAGCAUGCUUCCUUGCCUAGAGAACGUGUUCCUGCUUCUAAGGAGGAAAUUGCUGAGCAAAGCAAUGACUUUGAGAGUAGAAUUGCAACUUCUGUUAUAACAACUGUUCAGAGUCCUCGAGUGUCUCAAGCUAAUGGUUUAGAUAGUGCAACGACAGUAACAGAGAAUGGCCCUUGUAAACCACACCCCAACAGAAGUCUAUUGAAGAGUGCAAGCAUUAGUGCAUCCAAGUGUAUAGGUGUGCAACCAAGAAGAGAUUUAGAGGAGGUGCCGAUUUCUGAGGUCAAUGAUGAUUCUGUCAGUGAAUUGUCUGGGAAAGUUGCAAAUCUCCAUGCCGGAUAGCGAUAUUUGUUGUAAUAUUCUCGAGAUUCAAAUGUAAGAACCUCAUAAUCUGCCCCAUCUUCCUCCAUUAUAUGGAUACAGGUAGAAGCAAACAGCAGUAGGACUUCAUUGGCAUAGUUACCCCAUCAUAUGUGUUGGUUGCUAAAUCAUAAAAAUGCAACUCCAGCUGUAUUCUUUUGUUUCUGGGGAGAAGUCUAUCUGUAUUUUUUGGACAAACACAGAGAUUUUGUUCUGUUGCUCAGUCAUACUAUAUGAAAAAUAGGAAAAAAAUUUGACCUGAAGGAAAGGUGUCUUAUUUUGUUCAGUGAUGUUUAUGAGGAAAUCAAUAUAUAGUUUAUUUGGAAUGAA